CAUAUCGUGAUAGUACGCGAUUCGUGUUCUGUGAAGUGUGUUUCAGACUGAACACGUUUCAGAUGCAGCUAUAUCGGCUAUCAUGUCUUGGCACGACAACAGUACGUAGUUGUCAAACUUAUGUCGGCAAGGGUAGACCUACGCUCGGUAUUCGACGGGAAACGAUCAAUGCAUGGGAGCGAAGGGCACCCUUGGCCCCGUCUCACGUGAAGAAGCUUACUCGGUCUGGUGUCAACGUACUCAUUCAGCCAAGUAAUCGGAGAGCUCACCCUAUUCAGGUCCCAAUCGACCAUCUUAUACCUAAUAAAACGUAUGCAUUCUUCUCCCACACAAUCAAAGCCCAACAAGAUAACAUGGAGAUGUUAGACACUAUUCUUCAAAGGAAAAUCCGGUUGAUAGAUUAUGAGAAAAUAGUGGAUGAAAAUGGUAAGCGACUGGUUAUGUUCGGCAAAUGGGCAGGUAAUGCAGGUUUCAUUGACAUUCUUCAUGGACUUGGAUUGAGACUGUUGGCCCUUGGUCACCACACUCCGUUUCUCCAUGUCGGUCUAGCUCAUAACUAUAGUGAUUCCCAUAUGGCCAUCAAUGCAUUGCGAGACAUCGGCUACGAAAUCGCGCUUGGUAAAAUGCCGCGUUCUCUUGGUCCACUGGUUUUCGUAUUCACUGGCUCUGGAAAUGUAUCUCAAGGAGCUCAAGAGUUGUUCCUACAUUUACCUCAUGAAUUCGUUGAUGUAUCAACCCUACCUAAAGUAGCCCAAAAAGGAGGUGGACCAUUUAAUAUAGAAGAAUUUGAGAAGCAUCCUGAUCGCUAUAUUUCGAAGUUUGCCACCGAGAUUGCUCCAUACGCAUCAGUAAUAAUCAAUGGAGUCUAUUGGGAUGCUCGAACUCCUCGACUGAUCACGAUUCCCGAUGCUAAACACUUAUUCACUCCUGUGCAAAAGUACGAUCCGCCAGGAUGUCCGACGUUACCGCAUCGGCUUGUCGCUAUUUGCGAUAUUUCGGCUGAUCCUGGGGGUUCUAUUGAGUUCAUGACGGAGUGCACCACCAUAGACAAGCCGUUUAUGAUCUACGACGCUGAUUUCCAUACGAGUAGUGACAGUUUUGACUCGCCAUCUGGCUGUCUUCUGAACUGCUCUACUGACCAAUCAUUUCAACACUUAUCUUGUCGACCGGAGGUGAAGCGUGCUAUAAUCACCGACAACGGCAAAUUAACGAAAAAUUACGAGUACAUUGCCGAUCUUCGGAAGGCAAGAACUGUGUAG